AUGGUAAUUCUGCAUUAUUGUUCUAGGUACCUGGGAAUAACAAGACCUCUUACGUACCCUGUAAGGCAGAACGGGAAGUGUAUGGCCAAAAUGAUCCUGUGUGUAUGGCUGUUAUCUGCCUCGAUCACCAUACCCCCGCUCUUUGGUUGGGCCCAAAAUGUAAAUGACGAAAAGGUUUGUCUGAUCAGUCAAGACUUCGGCUACACCAUUUACUCCACAGCAGUUGCAUUUUAUAUCCCAAUGUCAGUGAUGCUUUUCAUGUACUAUCAGAUUUACAAAGCUGCCAAGAGGAGUGCUGCUAAACACAAGUUUACUGGUUUUCCCCGCCUAGAAGAAACGGAAGGGAUUUCUAUGAAUGGAGUUGUAAAACUGCACAAGGAAUCUGAAGAAUGUGCUAAUUUUUCACGACUCCUAAAGCACGACAAGAAAAACAUUUCCAUCUUUAAAAGAGAACAGAAAGCUGCCACUACCCUUGGGAUUAUUGUUGGGGCUUUCACUGUCUGCUGGCUGCCCUUUUUCCUCCUCUCAACUGCAAGGCCCUUCAUCUGCGGGACGGCAUGCAGCUGUAUUCCACUCUGGGUUGAGAGAACAUUUCUGUGGUUGGGCUAUGCAAACUCUCUCAUUAACCCUUUUAUAUAUGCCUUCUUCAAUCGAGACUUGAGGACAACUUAUCGCAACCUCCUGCAGUGCAGAUAUAGGAAUAUCAACCGGAAACUAUCAGCUGCAGGGAUGCACGAGGCUCUGAAGCUUGCAGAAAAGCCAGAGUUUGUUCUGAGAAGUUCUGAUUUCUCCAGGGAAAAAGAGUCAUGACCAAAUGUGCUUUAAAGCAGCCAGAAAAAACCAAGCCAGAACAGGAAGAAGAAAAAUGAAGAGCUGGCUUCUGAAGAGCUGGAUAGAUUUAUGAAACAUGCUUCAUCUUCUUUUGAUGGAAAUGUGCUAAAAAUACUCCAUGAGCUCGAUACAUUACAUUAAUACAUUUCUGUUGGAAGUAGUCACAUCUUGUUUGUUAUGAAGGAAAGUGCUGCUAUACACAAAUGAAAAUAGUUUUCUGCCUGAGAAAGCCAAGCCAUUUCAGCAAUAAGAGUUUGGCACACAGGGUUGAGAAAAAAACACAUGCAACUAAAACUCAAAGAUAGAGCAUUGUACAGAUUUAAACAAUGUAGAAGAGUAUUUGUAUGUUUACCAUGCUUGUGGAUCAUAACAUUAGCAUUAAUAUUCAGGGAUUUUCAGUGAUACUGAAUGUAUUUUGGUGUACUACAAAAAGAGGUUUUCAGGCAAAUGCUGGCUCUGUGGAUAGUUUCAGGGCUUGUGUUAGAGAUGCUAUGCACCUGGAAUGGGAUUGAGAACAAUAAAAGACCAAUUUUUGCAAAAAUGUUCUAUUGUACUAAGUCUGUUACUUGUUAACAUACAUGUGGUUUGUUCUCCCAAAUAGUUUUAAAAAGCUGCUUUCAGUUAGGCUCUGACAAAAUCAAGGAACAGAAUUAGAACGCACAUGUAUUACACCACAUCUAUUUUACAAAUAUGAUUGCUUUGGUUUAGUGUAAUUUUCAUGACCUGCCAAUUUACAAAUUUCUAUAAUUUCAAGACAAAUAAGUACAAAAGGCUGGAGAAUGUCCAUAGUACUUUGCUUUUUGUCUUACUGGGUAGCUAGAGAGAGAAAUAAAACAUUUAUUAUUUUUAAAAAUGUGUUUAAGAAGC